CUUCCCCGGUCGCAGCGCAAGUCGAGCUCGGGUGCCUGUCAGUUCCUCCCUGGCGGCAGCCAGCGGGCCGCAGGGAGCGCUGCGGCGUAUUGCGACUUCGUGGAGGGCUCUAUCGUCAGGAUCUUCAUGGAGAACUUCUUAACAUAUGAUGCUUGUGAAGUACGCCCAGGUCCCAAUAUGAAUAUGAUUGUUGGUGCUAAUGGAACAGGAAAGUCAAGUAUUGUUUGUGCCAUCUGCUUGGGACUGGCUGGAAAACCUUCUUUCAUAGGACGAGCCGAUAAAGUUGGUCUCUUUGUAAAGCAGGGGUGCCUGAAAGGUGUAGUAGAAAUUGAACUCUUUAAAAAUCCCGACAACAUCAUUAUAACACGUGAGAUUCAAGUGGUCAACAACACAUCGGCGUGGUUUAUCAACAGAAAGCCAACAACCCUGAAGACAGUAGAAGAGCAGAUUGCAGCCUUAAACAUCCAGGUGGACAAUUUGUGCCAGUUUCUGCCCCAGGACAAAGUUGGAGAAUUUGCAAAAAUGAGUAAGAUCGAGUUGCUUGAAGCCACUGAAAAAUCCAUUGGUCCCCCAGAAAUGUACCACUUUCACUGUGAACUGAAAAACUUCCGGGAAAAGGAAAGGGAACUGGAGAACUUGUGCAGAGACAAAACUAACUCUUUGGAGAAAAUGAAGCAGAGGGUUGAGCGUUACAAACAAGAUGUUGAGAGAUAUCAUGAGCGCAAGCGCCAUAUGGACUUGGUUGAGAUGCUUGAGAGGAAAAGGCCGUGGGUGGAAUAUGAAAAUGUUCGUUAUCAGCAUGAGGAGGUAAAACAAAGCCGAGACCAGGCAAAGGAAGAGCUUAAAGUUCUGAAAGAAAAGCAGGCCCCAAUGACAAAAAAAGUCCAAGAAACUGAAGAACACUUUAAGUGUCUGGAUGCGAAAAUCAGGGAUAAGGCAUCUGAAAUCAAGGAAAUUUCUCAAAAAUGUAAACAGAAGCAAGAUGCUUUGGAAAUGAAAGAUAAACAAAUUGAAGAAAUUCAUCAGGCUUUAAGAAUGAAGAAAGAUGAAGAAAUGGACAGGCAGAGAAAAAUACAUAAUACUCACAAGAUAAUAGAGGAGUGGAAGAAUGAACUCAGCUCAAUGGCAGCCAGUGAGAAUCUUCAGCCUCAAAUUGAUGCUAUUAAUACUGAUAUGAAAAAAUUACGAGAAGAAAGGGACAACAUUGAGAGUGAUAUCAGUGAUCUAAAAGCAGAGAAAAGGAACCAAGAGGGGGAAAUGACAAGAAUAAUUGACCGCCUUGGACAACUUAGUAAUAUAAUGAAUAUGAAGGAAGAGAUACUUAAAGGGAGAUUCCGAGACACACAUACUGCUCUUAUGUGGCUAAGAAAGAAUAGAGACAAGUUUAAAAAAAAAGUUUGCGAACCCAUGAUGCUUGAAAUCAAUAUGAAGGACAGUAAACAUGCUAAAUAUGUUGAAAAUCACAUUUCGGCCAGUGACAUGAAGGCUUUUGUUUUUGAGAGCCAAGAAGAUAUGGAAAUGUUUCUUAUGGAGAUGCGCGAUCAUCAAAAGCUGAGAGUGAAUGCUGUGUGUGCUCCUGCUGCCUCAUGUGCUGAGAGCUUACCUACAAGACCUAUUGAAGAACUGCACCGAUAUGGAUUCUUCUCAUAUUUACGGGAGUUAAUUGAUGCUCCUCAUCCAGUGAUGAGUUAUCUUUGCUCCCAGUACCGUAUUCAUGAUGUCCCUGUGGGAACAGAGAGGACCAGAAACAUGAUUGAACGGGUCAUACAAGAAUGCAAACUUAAGCAAGCAUACACAGCAGAAGAAAAAUACGUUAUUAAAGUGUCUGCUUAUACAGGCCAAACCCUCUCUACUAACACGUGCCUGAGGGAAGCACAGUUUCUCAUGAGUUCGGUGAAUACCGAGGAAAGACAACAACUAGAAAAGCAGCAACAGGACGUCAAUAACACAUUACAGUCCCUGGAUACACAUUUGACUGGACUGUUUGAGAGACAAAAACACCUUGAACGAAGAGACAAUCAGCUCAGGCAAAACAAGAAAGAACUCUUAGAGAGAGGAAGCAGGAGAAGACAGCUGGAAUCAAAAAUUAGUGUGAAGUAUAAUAGUUUAAGACAGCUGGAACAAGAUGUUAUCAACCUAGAGGAGGAAUCUCAAAAGGCAAAUGUAAAAAUAAAAGAAAUAAACGUCCAGAAAGCAAGACUUGUUACUGAAUUAACGCAUCUCAUAAAGAAUUGCGUUUCACUGAACAUCCUUAAAGCAGAUUUAGUUCUUGAGAGCACUACCGUGGCUGCCGAGAAGAACAAACUUGAAUCAGAGUGUAAUGAAGCAAGUGCACAGCUAAGAGCUGCGGAGCAAAAAUUUCGUGAACUGGAUGAUAGGAAGCGAGUUCUAACAGAGAAUUGCAAGGAAUUGCUGAAAAAAGCUCGACAAGUCUGCAAACUGGGUCCAGAUGAACAUCUUCCAAAAGAAUUUCAGACUGCUUUUCAGGCUCUUCCAGACACGUUGGAGGAAAUUGAUGCUUUUCUGAAUGAAGAGAAAACCAGAGCCUCCUGUUUCACUGGCCUGAACGCUUCGGUUGUUGAAGAAUACAAUAAGCAGAUGCAAGAAAUAGAAGAGUUGACAGAGUAUCUAGACGUAAAGAAAAAUGAGUUGGAUAAAUACAAGCAAAACAUUGCACAGGUCAAAGAAAAGUGGUUGAACCCCUUGAAAAAACUGACUGAGCAAAUUAAUGAGAAGUUCAGUAAUUUCUUCAGUUCUAUGCAGUGUGCUGGUGAAGUUGAUCUUCAUGUGGAAAAUGAGGAGGAGUACGACAAGUACGGGAUUCGCAUUAGAGUCAAAUUCCACAGUAGCACUGAACUUCAUGAACUGACUCCGUACCAUCAGAGUGGAGGUGAGAAAAGUGUUUCCACGAUGUUGUACCUUAUGGCUCUACAGGAACUCAACAGGUGUCCUUUCAGGGUUGUAGAUGAAAUAAAUCAGGGAAUGGAUCCAGUGAAUGAGAGAAGAGUUUUUGAAAUGGUUGUGGAAACCGCUUGUAAAGAAGGCACAUCUCAGUACUUCUUUAUUACGCCAAAGCUCCUACAGAAUCUCACUUACAAUGAGAAGAUGACUGUGUUGUUUGUCUACAAUGGACCUUUUAUGUUGGAGGCCAACAAAUGGGAUUUAAAGGCUUUCUGUAGGCGGCGGCGGCGACUUGGAAGGAUGGAUGAGCAGUAAUAAAUACGUGCAUCAUACAUAUGUAUAUGAUGCCAAGAACUGAUAAAAUGAAAGUUUGAUUCUUAAAACUUAUGUAAAAGUUUAAUAGAUUGGAAUUGCAUUAUUUUUGUUUGCCACUUACUCUAAAGAAUGUACUUUUUCACAAUAGAUAUAUAAAAAGGAGGCUUCUUU